AGCAUAAAAGCGAGCAUAAAACGUGUUCGCUAACUUCAUAGUAAAUCGACAAGGAGAAUAAUGGCAACGCCGCAAACUGAUGCCGACAGACGUAAGCAAAUCUCAAUUAGAGGUAUAGCUGAAGUAGGUAAUGUUACCGAGGUGAAAAAGAAUUUCAAUCGUCAUUUGCACUAUACACUGGUAAAGGAUCGUAAUGUCGCUACAUUGCGUGACUAUUUCUUUGCUUUGGCGAAUACCGUUAGAGAUAAUAUGGUUGGCCGUUGGAUACGUACUCAGCAAUAUUAUUAUGAAAAGGAUCCUAAGCGCGUCUAUUAUUUGUCGCUGGAGUAUUAUAUGGGGCGUUCGCUGCAGAACACGAUGAUCAAUUUGGGCAUUCAAAGCGAAUGCGAAGAGGCCAUGUAUCAGCUAGGUUUAGAUAUUGAAAAUCUUGAAGAAUUGGAAGAAGACGCCGGCUUGGGCAACGGAGGCUUGGGUCGGUUGGCUGCUUGUUUCCUUGAUUCCAUGGCUACGUUAGGAUUGGCUGCUUACGGGUAUGGAAUUCGUUACGAAUACGGCAUAUUUGCACAGAAAAUUCGUAAUGGUGAACAAGUUGAAGAGCCUGAUGAUUGGCUACGUUUUGGUAAUCCCUGGGAGAAAGCACGCCCCGAAUAUAUGUUACCGGUGAAGUUUUAUGGUCGAGUGAUUGACACGGCAGAAGGUAAAAAAUGGGUCGACGCUCAGGUGAUUUAUGCCAUGCCAUACGAUAAUCCAAUACCCGGCUACGAUAACAAUGUCGUCAACACUUUACGUCUAUGGUCUGCCAAAUCACCCAUUGAUUUUAAUUUGAAAUUUUUCAAUGAUGGCGACUACAUUCAAGCGGUAUUGGAUCGUAAUUUGGCUGAAAAUAUUUCGCGAGUCUUAUACCCCAAUGAUAACUUCUUCGAGGGCAAAGAAUUACGCUUGAAACAGGAAUAUUUUAUGGUGGCGGCUACUUUACAAGACAUCAUUAGGCGGUAUAAGGCAUCAAAAUUUGGUUGUCGGGAUGCGGUACGCACUGAUUUUGAACAAUUCCCUAGUAAGGUGGCCAUUCAAUUGAAUGAUACGCAUCCCUCGUUAGCCAUACCAGAGCUGAUGCGCAUCUUGGUAGACGAAGAGCAUUUGGAUUGGAACAAAGCUUGGAAUAUAACCGUUCGCACUUGUGCUUAUACCAAUCAUACGAUUCUUCCUGAGGCUUUGGAACGUUGGCCCGUUUCCAUGUUGGAAGCGAUUUUACCACGUCACUUGCAAAUUAUUUAUCAUAUUAAUUUCUUACAUUUGGAGAAUGUAAAGAAAUUGUAUCCAAAUGACUUGGACCGUUUGCGACGCAUGUCAUUGGUUGAAGAGGACGGUGAGAAGCGUAUUAAUAUGGCUCAUCUGUCAAUUGUGGGUUCGCAUGCUGUAAACGGUGUGGCGGCCAUACAUUCACAAAUUCUCAAAGAUGAUUUGUUUCAUUUAUUCUACGAAAUGGAACCGCAUAAGUUCCAAAACAAAACAAAUGGCAUUACACCACGACGUUGGCUAUUGCUUUGCAAUCCUGGCCUAUCUGAUUUGAUUUGCGAAAAAAUCGGUAACGAAUGGCCUGUGCAUUUGGAUCAAUUGUUAGCCUUGAAAAAAUGGGCCAAAGAUUCGAAUUUUCAUAGGAACCUGGCCCGCGUUAAACAAGAGAACAAAUUAAAAUUAGCGCAAAUUUUAGAAAAAGACUAUGGCGUAAAAGUCAAUCCCGCUUCCCUGUUUGAUAUACAAGUCAAACGUAUUCAUGAAUAUAAGCGUCAGUUACUGAACUGCUUGCAUAUCAUAACGCUAUACAAUCGCAUUAAAAAAGAUCCUACCGCCAAAUUUAUACCACGUACGAUAAUGAUUGGCGGCAAGGCGGCACCCGGGUACUAUAUAGCGAAACAAAUCAUUAAAUUAAUUUGUGCGGUGGCCAACGUAAUCAAUAAUGAUCCCAUUGUUGGCGAUAAAUUGAAAGUGAUUUUCUUAGAGAAUUAUCGAGUGUCGUUAGCCGAAAAAAUUAUGCCGGCUGCCGAUCUAUCUGAACAAAUUUCAACGGCAGCUGAAGCUUCCGGUACUGGAAAUAUGAAAUUUAUGUUGAAUGGUGCUCUCACAAUCGGAACCUUGGACGGUGCCAAUGUCGAAAUGGCCGAAGAGAUGGGCCGUGAAAAUAUAUUUAUUUUCGGUAUGACUGUAGAAGAAGUGGAAGCUUUAAAGAAGAAAGGUUACAACGCCUAUGAAUACUACAAUAAAAAUCCUGAAACUAAACAAUGUGUCGAUCAAAUUGCUGGCGGCUUCUUUAGCCCGGCAAAUCCCAAUGAAUUUACAAAUAUCGCUGACAUAUUAUUGAAAUACGAUCAUUAUUUACUUUUGGCCGAUUUCGAAUCGUAUAUUAAGGCACAAGAUUUAGUUUCGCAAACUUAUGAGAAUCAAGCUAAAUGGCUCGAGAUGGUUGUGAAUAAUAUCGCAUCUUGUGGUAAAUUCUCUUCAGAUCGAACUAUUGCUGAGUAUGCCCGUGAAAUAUGGGGCAUUGAGCCCAGCUGGGAAAAAUUGCCAGCUCCUGAAGCCACACCCUUACCAAUAAACUAAAGAAAAAAAAAAAAAAAC